AUGAGACCAUAAGAGCGCAAACAGGUGUUUUCAGCUAAAAGGCUUAAGCUGCCUAAAAGCAAUUCAAUUGUCAACAACGAGUCAAAUGAAGCUUCGCAAUAGUCAGCAAGACCUUAGCUCCACAGCACUUAUCAAUUGCAAGAUCACAGUCUAAAGCCACCAGUGAUGAACUAGAGCAAAUCAAUGAUUCAAAGCAAGAAUGACUUAAACAACUCAAGUCUAGCUGAAAAUAAGAGCGCAUUCUCGAAUGCAUAAGGCAACAAUAAUGAUUUGAGCCAAAAUCUAAAGUAAAGUUCCCCUAGAGAGAAUCUUAUCUAUCAACAACUUGAAAACGCUUCCUAAUAAAAUCUAAGUUCUAUUUGGGAAGAGAAAAACAAUCACAAGCAGCCAGGUUAAAGUAAUCAAGAUAAUGCUAAAGCAUCUUAGUAGAAUAUACAAAAAUAAAUAUCUGAUUAUAAAAAGUAACUUUCAGAUGAGUGUUAGCAAACUCUUAAGCAGUAGAUCAAUGCAUUCAAAGAAAGUCACGAGAAAGAUUACAAUUUACGUAUAAACGCACUUAAAGAUGGCUACAUGAGGGAGUUAAAAACAUUCAAAGAGCAGCAUUAACAGCAGAGGACUCAGCUUAAAUCAAAAGAGAAAUUGAUUUAAAAGCUAUUGAGAAUUUGUGUUAAGCAUGAGUUCCAGCUUUCAACAGAGGAUUACCGAUUGUAUUUGGAAUUCGAUCGUGAACCACAACUUAACAUGCUGGAUCUAUCUAAAAUUAAGCAAGACUAGCAAAAGAAGCAGUAUGAAUUAGACAAGAUUGAAAUUGACACACAGGAGUACAUAGAAAUGAAAACUAGAAUUAAGGAUCUAGAAACUUAGAAUCAGCAAUGCCUAAGAUAUUCAUAAUAAAAUGCUCAAAAAUAAACUAAGGACUACCAAGCUGCUACCAAUAAUCAGUAACUCUGGAAGCUAAUCACACACACCAAUGGAUUUCAGCGAUCAGAUGCUAGAGGGAGUCACUCAGUUAGUUCCUCUUAAUCUCCUGAUAAAAAAAUAAUUGUGGAUAUGAUGAAGAUAGGAAUCCCUCCCAGGCCUUAGGAGGAGGUGAAGGAGGAGAUUGAGAUCAUUCAUAAAGCAAAUGUAGAUAAAAUAGUGUACAAUGCCGUAUAAAAGAUGAAGCAAGAGAUGAAACUAUUGUCACUCUAGCAUGAAAAAGAACUAUAAGAAAAGGAUGAAUAAAUUAAGAUAGUACAAGACAAACUUGAAAAGUUAAGAGUUGAACUGAGAAAAGCAGUACUUUUAUUAAGGUAAAAAAAUUAAUAACAGCAGUAUUAAAUGCUUAAAGUGAUGCAAAACUCAAACAUACAAGAUAUUUAGCAAGUUGUCGAUAAGGGACUUGAGAAUUUGUUUGAUGCAGCUGAUUUAGGCACUCAAAAAGACAUUAAAAAUCUGACAGUAGAGGAAUAAGAUCAAGCGAUAAUAGAUAUUCUAAACGGAAUGAAAUAGGCUGCAAAAGAGAGAUAGCCAUACAAUAUGAAGACCCUUAAGUUGUAGUUCUUUGAUCAGUAGAUUGAAUCUAGCUUAUUGCCAGAAAGUAUGUAGGAUGUUAGUAUGACUCAGAGAUCAAUGUCUUAAUCAUUAAAUGGCGUAGAUGAAGCUUUAAUUAGAAAAUACCUUGUCAAAAAAUCUAAACAUCCAGUGAUUCUAAAAAUGUAGCUGCAGGAGGUAUUAAAGAAAAUCAAAAUGCAAAAUAAAGAAUCAGCUUAUCUUAGUGAAAGUGACAUAGAUAUUGAGAAAACUUUGCAAGUACACCGUCUUCUUUAAAAGAAUCCCAAUGGAGAGUUGCUGCCUGAGGAAAGAAGUUAGUUCAAAGACCAGAUUAAAUAAUUGCGAAAAAUGAAACUUAUAUAACAAUUAAAUGAUAAUAGAAGUAGGAAAGAGAUAAAGUACCGAAUGAAAAGAAGCAGAUUAAAUUAUGGAGGAGGUUUGAAUUAACUUGAUUAGACUGCAGUCAAUAAUACCACUAUACUAAAACCAAUAGCUUAGACCUUUAGGUCUAAAACACCUCUAAUUAACAGUAAGCAAAAGAAGUAGUACCGAAAUAUAACGAUUUAACAAAUGGAAUCUGAUGAUAUUGGAUAUGUUAAUCCGUAGCAUUAAUUACAGAGUAAAAAAGAUAAGCAUUAUCAAAUUACACAUCUUCAGCUUGUGAGUACAGCUCUUGCCCUUAAGAAAAUCAAGGCAAAAAAAUAGUAAAACAUGAAUAAGACUUAGACUAUGACUAUGACUACUCUUCAGCAAUCCCCUGAGCUCAACAUAGAAAAUACCAAUGAAUCAGAAUAUGACGACUUGAGUAUGAGCUAAUCACCUAUUAAGCCUAUUAAUAUGGUAUGA